GGUUCCAUCUAUCUCCCUCCCUCCUAGUUACUGGGAAAAAGGUUCCUGUGUUCUUUCAUCCAAAGGCAGGCCUUUAUAUCUGUAAUGUUUAAUUAUACUGACAUCAGGAUAAGACACGUGUCACCACUUAGAAGACUAUGCCACCUGGUGGAGAAACUACGGGCACCAGGCCCCGUUAAAGUAUGGAGGGAAAGAUACUUCUGACAGGUACUGUACAGAGUAUCUUACAGUGCUUAACAUUUACCAUUAACUUCUACUGUUUCUCUUUUCAGAUUCUUUAUCUAGAUCCACACCUCUGGCAUCGAACAUGAGAGACAACACAGAGUUGAGGAUUGUGCUGCUUGGGAAGACUGGAGUUGGGAAGAGUGCAGCAGGAAACACCAUCCUGGGAAGAAGGGAGUUUGAUUCAAAACUCAGCGCCACUUCCAUAACUAAUAAGUGUAAGAAGGGCACGGCAGAAGUUUCUGGGAGACACAUAGCUGUGAUUGACACUCCCGGUCUGUUUGACACAGAGCUCACUGCUGAUCAGAUUAAACAGGAGAUUGAGAAAUGUAUCUCUCUGUCUGCCCCGGGACCCCACGCUUUGCUGUUGGUUCUACAGGUGGGCCAAUACACACAGAGAGAGAGGGAAGCAGUGAAGAUUAUUUUGGGUGAGCGUGCUGCCAGAUACAUGAUGGUUCUUUUCACCCAUGAAGACAGUCUGGAAGAUGGCAUGACAAUUGAGAAAUACAUUGAGGGAGUCAAAGUUGAUCUCCAGCAGCUUAUUGAUGAAUGUGGGGGCAGGUAUCAUGUCUUUAACAAUAAAGACAAGAGCAAUACAGCUCAAGCUAUUGAACUGGUCAAGGAAAUAGAGGCGAUGGUGGAACGUAAUUGUGGGAGGUUUUACACCAUGGAGAUGUACAAUAAGGCAGCUGCAUCCACCAGUCAAAAUGUAGAAAUGGAGAAGGGAAAAGUGAGGAAGGAAAGGCCACCGCAUAAGACUGUGCAGAGCUCCAGAGAUGGGUGUAAUUUGAUGUAAUCUGUUUAACAUAUCUGACGUGUUUAUUGAAUGUCCUCUGCAUAAUUAUUUUCUUUACCAAUAUGUGCUUGAUUUUGUUUUCUUUUUAUUUGAAACAGCCAAUGAUUAAUAACCAAUGCUUAACAUUGUAUUUAGCUCUAUAAAUCAGUAUGAAUUUCCUUUCAGUACACCUUAUAUUGCCUUGCAUAAAAAAGCUAAAUACAAAAUGAAUUCUGUGUUAGUAAAUUCUGAAAAACAAAUAAAAAUUGUUAAGAAAAUAAAUGUGUCUGUCUCUUCAUUUAAUUGAAUGUAACUC